UGGAGAGCAGUCUUCAAGACAUUUGUCGGAACGGGAUACUUUCAUUUAUAAUUGAACGCUUCAGAGCAUUUGCUUAGAUAUGGCAGUCUUAAAGAAAUGAAAUAAACUGCACAGCACAUAAACAGGCACUGGGCAGUUAUUUACCAGACCCGCAGCAGCCAGUGACACUGGCAGAUAAUAAAACUGAUCAAUAAUAAAUUGGCGGUGCAAAUGAAUAAACCUGGAGAUGGUUUAUUAAUUUAAAUGGGAUUCAGCUGCUGCUGGAGUAAGAAGAUAUAUCGACAUUGGGUUUGUUCUGACGGAGACGAGGGAGUCAGAUCCACUGCUGGUACCGUUGCGCGAGGACACAUGGGUCGACACCAGAAACCUUUCGUUUAUCGUGUCUUGAAUACGAGGAUUCACACGUGAACAGUUAUGGGCUCAACACUUGACAUUUCUGCGUGUCGAUAUUUUCUUUGCUGGAUUUGCGGAGACGUUUCGCGUUAUGUUUGGUGCUGAAAACGGGACUGCGGACGAUAUUUUAUUCUUGCAUUUCAACCUCGCGUGGACUCUCUUGUGGACUUAUCAUCACUGAUCCUGUUUCAAAAGAAAAUGUGUAAAACAUCGCUUUAAAAUGCGAGUUGUUGUAUUAUGAUUUUGACACGCGCGUGGUUGUUUAACCAUUAACCGAGCAUGUCGGAUUGCUUCUCUUCGUCUCGUGCGUCCUUAUCACGAUUUGUAUUCCUCCGUUAAUUUUCUGGAAGAUAUCGGGCUAUUCUUUUUUUUAUUUGUAUUUUAAUGCAUCGAAGCUGGAGAAAGACAGAGGAAAGAGAAAACGACAGAUACACGACUGAAGGACGCGGAGAAUGAAUGAGACUGAGUGAAGAAUCACAGUAAGUACUCACGCAGAAGGAAAAUAACCCCGUCCUUUCAUGUUCUUCAUCAGUAAGAGGGCGUGAGGGAAGGAGUGUCCCACACUGAAGCGCCCGCUGACCUCCCCCACCACCUUUCGCUCCAUCCACAGCAUGGCUCUCUCUCUCUGGAUCCUCUUUACCUGCACUGUCGCCCUCAGCAGCAUCGGUCCCUCUUCACAGGCAUUAAGUCGCUCCGCAAUGCCGUUCGGUCUGAUGAGGAGGGAGUUGGCCUGUGAGGGAUACCCCAUCGAGCUCCGGUGCCCCGGCAGUGAUGUCAUCAUGAUCGAGACCGCCAACUAUGGCCGCACAGACGACAAGAUCUGUGAUGCCGACCCCUUCCAGAUGGAGAACGUGCAGUGCUACCUGCCCGAUGCUUUUAAGAUCAUGUCACAGAGGUGUAACAAUAGAACUCAAUGUGUGGUGGUAGCCGGGUCUGAUGUUUUUCCAGACCCCUGUCCAGGGACCUACAAGUACCUGGAGAUCCAGUAUGAAUGUGUGCCAUACAAAGUGGACCAAAAAGUCUUUGUUUGUCCUGGGCCUCUGUUAAGGGUGCAGGCAGCAAGUUUGCUGCAGGAGGCUGAGCAUCAGUCAGGGGCAUGGUGUAAGGAUCCCCUGCAGUCUGGUGACCGUCUUUACGUCAUGCCCUGGACUCCGUACCGUACAGACAUGCUGUUUGAGUACGCCUCAUGGGAGGACUUCAAGCAGAAUCGAGCCACAACUACCUACAAGCUGCCAAAUCGUGUGGAUGGAACAGGCUUUGUCGUGUAUGACGGCGCUGUUUUUUACAAUAAGGAACGUACACGCAACAUUGUAAAGUAUGACCUGCGCACACGUAUCAAGAGUGGAGAAGCCAUAGUCAAUAAUGCCAACUACCAUGACACUUCUCCAUACCGUUGGGGUGGCAAAUCUGAUAUUGACCUUGCGGUGGAUGAAAAUGGACUAUGGGUUAUCUAUGCCACAGAGGCCAACAAUGGAAGACUGGUGGUCAGCCAGGUUAACCCCUACACUCUGCGCUUUGAGGGAACGUGGGAGACUAGCUUCGAUAAGCGUCUGGCAUCCAACGCCUUCAUGGCAUGUGGCGUCCUAUAUGCCGUACGCUCUGUGUAUCAGGAUGAUGACAGCGAGGCGGGUGGAGAUCUGGUGCUGUACGCCUACAACACCAACCGAGCUCGAGAGGAGCCCGUCAGCAUCCCCUUCCCCAACCCCUACCAGUAUGUCUCCUCUGUGGACUACAACCCACGAGACAACCAACUUUACGUCUGGAAUAACUACAAUGUGCUACGUUACCCCCUGGAAUUCGGCCCACCGGACCCCACGGCUGGUCCACUGACCACCAUCCAGAUGAGCAGCAGCAGCACCACCACUCCUGCAAGACCUGUCACUUCCAGCUCCAUCCCCAUCACCAUGCGACCUUUGCCACCUACUGCUCACCCGAUAGGUGCCAUUAACAAGGCGCCAGACUUGAGGCCCAUCACAGCCACUGUUCCAGUGACACGCAGACCGUUGCGGGUCCCACCUCAAGGCCCCGAACUACAGGGUUGCGAAGCCCGUGUGGCCCGAGGGGUACAGUGGCCCGCCACACAGAGGGGAGAGACAGUCGACAGGCCAUGUCCUAAGGGAUCACUAGGGAUCGCCUCCUUCCAGUGUCUAUCAUCUCCUGUUCUGUGGAAUCCUCGCGGUCCUGAUCUGAGUAACUGCACCUCUCCGUGGGUCAACCAGGUGGCUCAGAAGAUAAAAAGCGGAGAAAACGCAGCAAACAUCGCCGCCGAGCUGGUGAAUCACACGCAGGGCCGUAUUCACGCUGGUGAUGUCAGUUCCUCCGUCAGACUCAUCGAGCAGCUGUUGGAUAUUUUAGAUGCGCAGCUGCAGGCCCUCAGACCCGGGAAUAAGGAAUCGGCAGCCAGGAACUACAAUAAGUGGCAGAAGAGAGAACGGACCUGCCGGGCUUAUGUUCAGGCGGUGGUGCAGACCGUAGAUAAUCUCUUGCGUGCCGAGGCUUUAGAGUCAUGGCAGGACAUGAACAGCACGGAGCAGGCUCAUACCGCCACCAUGCUGCUUGACGUUAUGGAGAAAGGUGCCUUCCUGUUGGCCAACAACAUGUACAAUAACCACUUCUCUGACCAUGCUGCCAACGUUGAUCUGGAGGUGAGAGUACUGAACACAGAGACGGAUUCUCAGGACUUGUUCUUCCCCCAGAAUGGCCCCAGUGACAGCAGUAUCCAGCUCUCCGCGUCCACAUUUAAACAGUACAGCCGCAAUGGUCAGGUUAAAGUGGUCUUUGUGCUCUAUAAGAAUCUGGGUUCAUUUCUCUCCACCGAAAACGCCACCGUGAAAAUGGAGAUGGAGACGGGACACGGUGGGCGGGGCCUGGCGGUGAAUUCGCAUGUCAUCGCAGCAUCGAUAAAUAAGGAGUCCAGUCGAGUGUUUUUGACUGAGCCGGUGGUGUUCACACUUAGACAUUUAGAGCUAGAGAAUCAUUUCAGCCCGAACUGUUCCUUCUGGAACUACUCGGAGCGUUCGAUGACGGGCCAGUGGUCGUCUCAGGGCUGCCGGCUGAUGGAAACUAACAGCACGCACACAACGUGCUCUUGUAGCCAUCUAACCAACUUCGCCGUGCUGAUGGUACAUCACGAACCCGACUAUCCUGGCAGGAUGCACGAGUUGAUUCUCUUUGUCAUCACAUGGGUGGGAAUUGUCAUUUCUCUGGUGUGUCUUGCAAUCUGCAUCUCCACCUUUUGCUUUCUGAGAGGCCUGCAGACCGACCGCAAUACCAUUCACAAGAACCUGUGCAUCAACCUUUUCAUUGCUGAACUCCUCUUUCUCAUCGGCAUCGACAAGACGCAGUACCACAUCGCCUGCCCCAUUUUUGCAGGUCUGCUGCAUUUCUUCUUCCUGGCGGCAUUCUCCUGGAUGUGUUUGGAGGGCAUCCAGCUUUAUCUGAUGCUGGUGGAAGUCUUCGAGAGCGAGUACUCCCGAAAGAAAUACUACUACCUGUGCGGCUACUGCUUUCCCGCCCUGGUGGUGGGUAUCUCGGCAGCCAUCGACUACCGCAGCUACGGGACUAAAAAAGCGUGUUGGCUGAGGGUGGAUAACUACUUCAUCUGGAGCUUUAUCGGUCCUGUGUCCUUCAUUAUCAUGUUAAACCUGGUGUUCCUCAUGAUAACACUUCACAAGAUGGUCCGUAACUCAUCCGCCCUCAAACCCGACUCCAGCCGCCUGGACAACAUCAAGUCCUGGGCUUUAGGAGCUAUCGCUCUGCUCUUCCUUUUGGGUUUGACGUGGGCAUUCGGUCUCCUGUUUAUCAAUGAGAACACGGUCAUUAUGGCGUACCUCUUCACCACCUUCAAUGCUUUCCAGGGCAUGUUCAUCUUCAUCUUCCACUGCGCUCUGCAGAAAAAGGUGCAUAAGGAGUACAGCAAGUGCCUGCGUCAUUCAUACUGUUGCAGUCGCACCUCAACUACGAGCUCUCAUGGAUCUCUAAAGAACUCUGCUUUGCGUGCCAACAACCGUUACUAUACCGGCAGCCAGGCGCGGCAUGCGGCAGUGCAUAGACAGAGCCGAAUUCGUCGUAUGUGGAACGACACGGUACGGAAGCAGACAGAGUCGUCUUUCAUGGCCGGAGACAUAAAUAGCACUCCAACCCUCAACCGUGCUACGAUGGGAAACCAUCUUCUGACCAAUCCUGUGCUGCAGACUCGUACAGGCACCUCCCCAUACAACACCCUGUUGGCUGAGACAUUUACUCCACCCUCACCUGGGGUCUUCAACUCCACAGGAACUUUCCGUGACCCAAAGAGCACACUGUCUAAGAAUCGAGAUCAUGGAGGCAUGGAGACUCUACCUCUGAACGGGAACUUCAACAACAGCUACUCUCUGCGUGGCGUCGGCAGUUCCGGUGGUGCAGGAGGCAGCUGUGACUUCCUUGGAGGUGGUGGCAGAGACAGUCCCCCUCCGUUACUCAACCCACGAGGUUCAGAAACUCUUGGCGGCAUACAGCGGAACAUCUCUGAUGCAGCAGCAUUUGAGAAGAUGAUCAUAUCUGAAUUAGUGCACAAUAAUCUACGAGGGGGCGGAGGGGCUGGGGAUAGAACAUGUGGCAGCCUGGUCAGAGGACAUGGCCACAUGGGCAUGGGACGGAGCGGGGGCGGGCCUGAGCCAGUGAUGGGCAUGGAGGGCGAUGAAGAUUUCCGUUCAAGAGAAGCACGCCAACGCACACCGCAGGACGUGGAACUGCUCUAUAAAGCUCUCGAGGAGCCCUUGCUGCUGCAGCAAGCCCAGUCCGUGCUCUACCAGAGCGACCCAGAGGAAUCCGAAAGCUACACGGGUGACCUAACAGAAAGUUUGGGCCACAGCGGUCACAGCGGUCAAAGUGCAGCUGGCCAGGGCCGCAACGGAGCCCCCGAUUCACCUGCGCGGGACUCCCUUUACACCAGCAUCACUAACCUGCGAGAUUCGCCGUACCCGGACAGCAGCCCGGAGCCACUAGAGGUGGUUCCACGCUCGGCCCAGCCUCCAGAGGAGCUCUACUAUAGCUCGGGCCGGCCCGCCAUAGGCUCCCGCGGAGCCCCAAUGCAGACCUUUUACCAGGCUCCACCAAGGAGACCUAGCACUGAAGCCCACCCUGCUCCUGAGCCCCCCCACAGCGAGGGAGAUGGACAGAUGCAGUUGGUCACCAGCCUGUGACAACGACAAAGAGGUGGAGGAGGAAGUGGACCACAGGGUUUGACGCAAAGUGCCGACGACAAUGGAUUCCUCUCCUGUCUCUGAUGCCCACCGUGUGUCUAGUUGCCUUUUUACACUUUCCUUUGUUUAGAAGUGAGAGUUAAGGAAAGCCUAAACAGAGAGAGCAAGAGAGAGGUUUGUCUCCAUGGCAGCAAGGGUAACCACUCUAACUCUCUCAUCAGCAACAUUUUUUCUCCCUCCUCAGACUGAUAUAUGGUAAAAACACCUAGUCCAGCCAUCUGCCUUCUCUCAGUGGACCGUCAGCUCUCUCUUUUUCAUCAUUCUCAACCUGCUCUGGCAUUUGUGUCUGUGUUUAUUUCUCAUCAGGUCUUAAAAUGUUGCUUUGUAAUUCCUCACCCUCUCUUUUCUGUUGUCUCUUUUCAUUAUUAUUUGAUAAAAGCUGUUACGGGAGAAGAUGGGGCUGUGUCAUUAUACUACAACGUGACAAAGAAACUCUUUGAAAGCUCUUCAGUGUUGCCAAAAAUAACUGUUUUUGAGCCAGAACAUAAACUGGAAUCUACUCACACACACGCACACACACACUGUCUCUCCCUCACAGAAGUGCUUGUUACCGAACAUCAAGGGUAUGAACACACAUGCUCCUGAAAAAAGAAAACAAGGACUUUUGUUCAGAAACAGGUAGCAGGAAGCUGCCUCAGUGGAGUUGCCUUUAUUUCUCUCUCUGAACUCACUCUUCUGUAUAGAUCAACCACGGAGACCGGGAACUAAGGGGGAGGGUUAGGACACAACUCAUCGUCAGCCGGUUGUGUGAAGCUGCUCGACCGUGGGACCUCUCAGAGCAAUGAAUGAAACUUUGUAGGGUUUUGUUCUGACUUAUCUCAGACCCACGGACGAGGGCAAAUGACUGGACCUGCCUUCUAAAUCGCUGAUGGAUGUUUUAGGUGGACAACAUGCCGUUUCACCUAUGUGUUAUUGUGGCUAGAGGAUUUUUUUUGCUACCGCUCCAGCCGUCCAACCACUGUACAUACAAUCCACACAAAAGUAAAAGCAAGUCUUAUUCCUGUACAUAGAUAAACCAGAUGAACAAAAGCAACAAAAAAGCAUCAAGUACUAUGAAAAUAGAAACAAUUCUUGUACCGCAACUGAAAUUGAAAAGUCGAAAAUAAAAAUGUUUUGAAGUUUGUGACCCGAA